GUGUUUUGUUUUAUGUUAGAAAAAUGUGAUGUAAUGUCAUUAAUUCGAGUGGUUAUGAAGCGGGCUUUAUUCUUAUUUCGAUUAAUUGGUGCUAUACUUCGCAGGUUACUUUGUUGUUUCAAACGAAAGAAAAAUAUUGGGGAAUUGCCAUAUACAAUUGUUCAUCAAAGUCCUCAGACAUUUUCGGAAAAAGCAUCAGGUAAUGGACACUGGGAAGGCUGGGGUGAUAGUGUGUUUGUAACUUCUGUUGAAGAAAAAAUUAAAGAGUAUCGUCGUAAGAAAGAAGAAUUAGAAACGGUAUCUGAAGAAAACAAUGGAAGCGAUUAUUUCAACGAUAUGCAACCAAAAGUUAUACAAACAAAAAAAGUUUGUUUGGUUUUUUGGAAGUAG